CAGAUCUUCGGAUUCCGUCUCUCUUCUCCCUGCUCACCAAACCCCCCACUCUUUCUCUCUCUCAUUUUUUAGGGUUUUUAGUUUCCUUAGUUUUCUCAUAUAAAACCCAUUUCCACAUUUACUUCUUCUAUUUUCUCUCUCGAUUCACCGUCUUCUGUCGCCGCCGGCAAUAGAUCAUACCGCUCAUCAUCUCUUCAAACGCUACAAUCCAUUCUACAUUUAAAGCUUCAUUUUCGCGUAGAGAAGAAGCGAUCAACAUCCGUUCUUUUCGAAACGGAAUAUGGCUUCUUUUGCUCCGCUUCAUUGCUCUCAUGUCGGAAACGAUCGUCAUUUGAAUCCUGCUAGGCAUAUCCCUAACAUCAAGUUACCGAAUCUAACUGGUAAUAAAUUUGUCUGCAAUUCCUCUCAAGAUCUUACCUCUUCCUCCCUCCGAUUAAAACCGAUCAACCUUGAUUUACUAUCUAAAAGACAACCUAUUCCAUGUGCUGGCGGCGGCGGCGGUUCUGGUGUCGGCCAUGGAAGUGGUGGUGGAGGAGGUGACGGUGGCAGUGGCGAUCGGAGUGGAGGUGGAAAAUCCGACGACUCUUCUUCCUUCGACGGUUUCGGCCCAAUCGGGGCUUUUCUUAGUGGAUGGAGAUCAAGAGUUGCUGCUGAUCCCCAAUUUCCUUUCAAGGUUUUAAUGGAGGAAGUUGUUGGUGUGAGUGCAUGCGUUCUCGGCGACAUGGCAUCCCGUCCAAAUUUUGGCCUAAACGAGCUUGAUUUCGUCUUCUCCACUCUUGUCGUCGGAUCUAUCAUGAAUUUCACCUUGAUGUAUCUUCUAGCACCGACUAUGGCAUCUUCAUCCGCAACUCUCCCUUUCAUCUUCUCCAAUUCUCCAACAAGCCACAUGUUCGAGCCCGGCGCCUACAGCCUUGUCAACAGGUUAGGAACUUUCGUUUACAAAGGAACAGUGUUCGCCGCCGUGGGUUUUGCAGCCGGUUUAGUCGGAACUGCUCUGUCAAACGGACUAAUCCAGAUGAGGAAGAAGAUGGAUCCGAGCUUCGAGUCACCAAACAAAGCUCCACCAACUGUUUUAAACGCCAUGACAUGGGCGAUUCAUAUGGGUUUAAGCAGCAAUUUCAGGUACCAAACUCUGAAUGGGAUUGAGUUCGUUUUAGCAAAAGGGAUGCCGCCAUUGUUGUUCAAGACCUCUGUGGUUGGGUUGAGAUUGGUGAAUAACGUGCUUGGAGGGAUGUCGUUUGUGAUUCUGGCAAGGAUGACCGGAUCACAAAACGCCGGCGGAGAAACCGAGGAGAAGAAGAUGGUGGCUAGCAGUGAUGAAGAGGAGAGUUCAGAGGAGAAAGUGAAGUUGUUGAGCAAUGAAAUUCCUUCCAAGUAAUUUUGUUUUACUGUUUUAUGUUUAUUUAACAAAAUAAUUAAAGAAAAGAAAAAAGAUUUUUAGGGGUUUUGUGAUGGUUGAUUAUAUGUGUAAUUGUAGUUUUGAUGGGUGAUUAGAGUUUAGUGCUUGAAUAAGCUUUUGUAUUAUAUAUUAAUACAUUUUAUGCCUUCCAA